GCUCCAGUUUCCCGACGAGGCACGCCGGGGACCGCAGCUGGGGCUUAGCCGGGCAUGCACCACCCGUCGUGGGGACAUGCUACUCGGCUGUCGCGCUCUCGUUUCUGCAGCCGCCGCCGCUGCUGCUUUGGCGGGAGGCGUCGUGGAUUAGCCCCGGCCCGAAGCAGCUUCGUCCGCACUUUCGUUCUUCCGCCCGGGCAGCGAUUCAUGGACUCGGGCGAGAGGCUGUCGCUGCCGCCUGGGACUGAUCUUCCCGCGGGGAUGACUGGCGCUCUCCGGUGAAGGUGACAGCAGCACAGCCGCAGGGGCAUGGAGCCACAGGAGGGCAACGAGAGGGGCUCGGGCGGCGGUGCUGGUGCUGCCGCCGCCGCCGCUUGCUCCAGCUCGCCGUCCUCUGCCAGCUCGGAGACCUCCAUGUGUCCAGAGCAGGAGAAGGUCCCACCGUUGGGACGAAGACACAGCAAGAAAAGGUUUGGGCUGAAGAUCUUCGGGCGCAGGCACUUCAGGAGGAAGACUGUGUUGUCAGGGCCUCGACGCACCAGCGUGGUGGCCCUGCCUGCCAGCAAAGCAAGACGGCGCUCUGUGGUGGGCCAGCCCUCUGCCUCGCUAGCCCAGCGCCGUCGCAGAUCCAGCACCCACCUGCAAGGGCUGUCCUGCUUGGGCUCUCGGUGUAGGCGUAGGUCAUCUUCCCGGAGGCGAUCCAGCACCACCACCCCACGCCUGAGCCCUAGGUUUUCAGUCCAGAAGAAGCGUGGGGGCCGAGUGCGCAUCAUAGAUUCUCACCUCAUAGGGCCCUCCUUGCUCCUGGCAAGCCUCAUCCAAGUGUAUGAGGAAGAGGAAAGGAGGCAGGCGCCUGGUGCUGAAAGUGCCAGCUCAGAGUCCCCUAAGGAGGAUCUAGCGGAGAGUGACUGGAGUGAGGAAGCGGCCUCCUCGGGCUCUGAAGGAGCCGGCCUGGCAGCGGAGCAGGAGAGGCAGGAGCUGCAAGCUGAGUGUUCAGUGCAUGCCGGUCGCCCUGCUGAGCCGAGGCCUCUCCUGCGAGACCCUCACUACCUGCGCCGCAGGUCCUCCCACCUCCUACCUGCUGAAUUUGUGCACAGCAGGGCAACCUAUGGGCUGCAAGGGCGCUACAAAUACUUCAGCCAGCGGCGGCGCUCCAGUGGAACACCCAGGCCAGGAGCUUUGCUCCAACCGUGCAGGAUGAAGCGGGCUGCCAGGAGGUGGAAGGUGCCCGUUGGGACCAGUUGGCUGUCGUUGACUGCACUUAAAUCCCUGGGAAUGGCUCCUGCCCACAGCGGCUGUGGCAGUGACUCCUCUGAAGGCUGCAGUGCCCUGUCGCCAAAAGCUAUUGCUAAGUCUGGUCUUCAGCACAUGGUAGCCCAACCAACCCCCACAUUAGCCCUAAGAAGCGACUUGGAGAGGGAAAUUCGCAGUACUGUUGACUGGAGCGAGACUGCAGUUUAUGGGGAGCACAUCUGGUUUGAAACGAAUGUCUCGGGGGACUUCUGCUACGUGGGGGAACAAAACUGUGUAGCAAAAAUACUGCAAAAGCCUCUGUCCAAGCGCAAGUGUGCAGCCUGCAAGAUUGUAGUCCACACACCCUGCAUAGAACAGCUAGAGAAAAUAAAUUUCCGAUGCAAGCCUUCUUUCAGAGAAUCUGGAUCAAGGAAUGUACGAGAGCCUACUGUCGUUCGGCAUCAUUGGGUACACAGGAGACGCCAGGAAGGGAAAUGCCGACAAUGUGGAAAGGGUUUCCAGCAGAAAUUUGCCUUUCACAGCAAGGAGAUAGUAGCCAUCAGCUGUUCCUGGUGUAAGCAAGCAUAUCACAGUAAAGUUUCAUGCUUCAUGCUGCAGCACAUUGAGGAGCCCUGCUCGCUAGGGGCACAUGCUGCGGUUGUCAUCCCUCCCACCUGGAUUUUGCGGGUCCGGCAUCCCCAAAACACACUAAAGUCAAGUAAGAAGAAAAAGAGGACAUCAUUCAAGCGGAAAUCCAGCAAGAAGGGGCCUGAGGAGGGGCGAUGGAAACCCUUCGUAAUCAAGCCCAUCCCAGCACCUCUCAUGAAGCCACUGCUGGUGUUUGUGAACCCCAAGAGUGGUGGGAAUCAGGGGACAAAGAUAUUCCAGUCAUUUAUGUGGUAUCUCAACCCUCGGCAAGUUUUUGAUCUCAGCCAAGGAGGCCCUAAAGAGGCGUUGGAGAUGUAUCGUAAAGUGCACAACCUACGGAUCCUGGCCUGUGGAGGAGAUGGUACGGUGGGAUGGAUACUCUCCAUCUUGGACCAGUUACGCCUGAACCCUCCGCCUCCUGUGGCUAUCCUUCCUCUGGGGACAGGAAAUGACCUGGCAAGAACGCUGAACUGGGGUGGGGGUUACACAGAUGAGCCCUUGUCAAAGAUCCUAUCGCACGUAGAAGAAGGGGAGAUUGUGCAGCUUGACCGCUGGAAUCUACAGGUAGAACCAAAUCCUGAGGCAAACCUUGAAGAGAAGGAUGAGACGGCUACGGACAAGCUCCCUCUUGAUGUCUUCAACAAUUAUUUCAGCCUUGGUUUUGAUGCUCGGGUGACGCUGGAAUUCCAUGAAUCCAGAGAGGCCAAUCCAGAGAAAUUUAACAGCCGGUUUCGGAAUAAAAUGUUCUAUGCUGGGACGGCAUUCUCUGAUUUCCUCAUGGGGAGCUCCAAAGACUUAGCAAAACAUAUCAAAGUGGUGUGUGAUGGGACAGACCUGACACCCAAAAUCCAAGAUCUGAAGCCUCAGUGUCUUGUCUUCCUAAACAUUCCAAGGUACUGUGCAGGCACCAUGCCUUGGGGGAACCCUGGAGAGCACCACGACUUUGAGCCCCAACGCCAUGAUGAUGGCUGCCUUGAGGUCAUUGCCUUCACCAUGACAUCCCUGGCAGCACUGCAGGUGGGUGGCCACGGAGAGCGGUUGCACCAGUGCCGGGAGGUGCUGCUCACCACAACCAAGGCCAUCCCCAUGCAAGUGGACGGAGAGCCCUGUAAACUGGGGCCUUCCUGUAUCCGCAUUUCCCUGCGCAACCAGGCCAACAUGGUGCAGAAGACCAAGAGGCGCAAUUCCAUGCCUCUACUUAACGAUCAGCAGCCAGUUCCAGAACGGCUGAGAAUCCGCGUAAGCCGAAUCGGCAUGCACGACUAUGAGGCACUUCACUACGACAAAGAGAAGCUCAAGGAAGCAUCUGUGCCCCUGGGAAUUAUAGUUGUGCCAGGAGACAGUGACCUGGAGUUAUGCCGGACCCACAUUGAGAGGCUUCAGGAGGAUUUCCCUCCAUGCCCUUCCGCUAUUCAGGGUCUAUUUCCUCAGGAAGGGGAAGGAGCCAAACCAAAGACACUGUCAUGCCAGAAGCUGUCUCCCAAGUGGUGUUUCCUGGACUCAACUACAGCAGAUCGUUUUUAUAGAAUAGACCGUGGCCAGGAACAUCUCAACUAUGUGACGGAGAUUUCCCAGGAUGAGCUCUUUGUGUUGGACCCAGAACUGGUGCGCACCCAGACAGUGGGUACAUCUCCUGCCAUGCCUGACCUUGUUGAUGUGCCCUCAACACCCACAAGGCAACACCUUGCUCCCCCAGCUUCACCACCAUCCACACCAGUCUCCAGCUCAAAAUUGGAGAGCUGCCCCUCUCUCAAAGAUGAUGCUUUGAUAGAUGCUGCCAAGAAUAACGAUUUCCACAAGUUUAAAGAACUUCACCGUGCUGGAAAGGACUUGAUGAUGCGCGAUCGGACAGGCCAAACUGUCCUGCAUCAUGCGGUCAAAUCAGGGAACAAGGAGAUUGUCAAAUACAUAAUUGAAAAUGCUCCUGCAGAGAUUCUGGAUAUGGCAGAAGAAGAGAAUGGUGAGACCAGUUUGCACCAGGCUGCAGCCCUUCACCAGCGAACCAUCUGCCAUUACAUUGUGGAGGCUGGGGCUUCACUGAUGAAAACAGAUCUGCAGGGUGACACACCCAAGCACAGAGCUGAAAAGGCAAAUGACCCAGACCUGGCUGCCUACCUUGAAAAUCGACAGCACUACCAGAUGAUCCAACGAGAGGAUCAGGAGACAGCCGUGUAGCACUCAGCGUGCCUUAUCUCUGCCCAGGGAGCAGAAGAGCAGAGUGGCACAGGUGCCUGACCAGCCUUUCCUUGAAUAUCCAGCAUGGAGAGGAUCCAGGGCUUUGUUUGGGCUUGGCCAUGACACUGUUAUUUAUUAGUGCAGUGGGUGUUGAGCAAUGCUGACUCCAUGUCCCACCAACACCACAUUCCACGGAUGGGACUCUGCUGCUCGUUGUUCCCUUCCUGUCAGUCUCCAGGUCCUACUGAGGGCCACUGCUGCUCCCUCAAAGCAUUAAGAAGGAUGCUCUUAUUCUUUUCCCAUCACUGCUGGAGCCCCCGCUUGUGACGUCUGGGCGCUUGGGCUGUAAUGUCUCUAAGGGAUGGCGUCCGCAGCCCUUUUGGGUCUCCUGUUGCUCAGUUCCACCUUUCUUCCCCCACCCCAACGUUCCCAGCAGUGGGUGCUGCCUUUCUCAAUAGUUUCAUCAGUAGUAGUACCCAUUGUCCUGGCAAUGCCAUGUUACUGGAAAAUCGCUGGCACAAAUCUUGACACACAACAGAACAUAGGGGUGAGAAGGCUGGUGGUGUGCUAGAGCCCUGCCUCUGCGAUUGACACAUCACAGUGUUCAAUUGCUUGUGUGGACCUUGAGUGAUGGUCACACAGGCAAACAGCCUGAGUAGCCAAAGCAAGCCAUAGGCCAGUCUAGCAUCCUCCCAAAUGCAGUAUAUCCCCCCGUUCACCUUGGUUCCUCCCACUUGCCCUGUUAACCCCAUACUGUGUGUCCCAUCCUCUAAGGGGUGCUGAUAUAACAGGAUGUAAGUGCCUGAUACAUCCAGAGAACACCAUGAGAAACCCUCCCCCCUCCAACUUAGAGUAAGCUGCUCCAAGUUGACUUUUGAGCCUGCUGCACUAGACAUUUUGAGCGAAGUGCCUCCUCCCAAUCUUUCCAACUUCCCCAGUUCCCCCCCCCCACCAUUCUCAUGUAUUGCCUUACCUCUCCUAUUUGCACUCACUGACUUCGCGAACAGCAGCCUGUUGUGAAUGUGUACAAAAUGUGUUGAGGUAGCAGGGUGUUUGCUGAGAGGACAGGGGCUCAAACCUUACCCUGCGUAGGCCAUCAGCUCUUGUCACAGUUAGGAAUCAAGGGCUCCUGGUAGGAGGUUCGUUUUUUUGUUUUCUUUUAGGGUGAUAUAAUCAUACACUGAGAUAAAGGGAACUGAAUCCAUUAACCAGUGUUAAUGGCACGCUGCAUCCAUAUAUCCAGGGACCAGUAGUUAGAGGUGCUAGCAAUAAGGGUUGGAAAAGUUCCUGCAUAGUCUCCUAAUUCCUUGUCUGAACAGGAAUGGCCUUUGCAGUUUAUUCCUAGACAUGAACACACUCAGCCUCCCCACAGUGUCCUGGUGUCCAGAUUUACCCAAAAUUAUUGUAGCCUGGUAUGCAUCCCCUUCAUAGUAUGCAGAUGCCCUGAGCACUAAUGGAAGCAGAUCCUACGUUUCUUCCUAAGAUCUUUGCUUAACCAGGUCUCUCAGCUCUAGCUCUGGUUUUGCUAAAUCAAAACAUACAAAAGAAACAAACUUAGGAGGAAUUCCUUCUUUGACAUGAUCAGGCAUGGGUAGCAGAAGUCUUGUUUUCAAUAGAGAGGCCUCCCAAGUAUUCUGGGCCAGUUGCAUUUAACCAGCCUGCAUGUCUCUAGCUGUGUUAAAGCUACUUUCAGUCAUCCUCAGAAUAUAUUGAGCAGGUAGUCAGCUGGCCUGAUGCUGGCUCCAUAUGGAGUGGGAGCAAUAACCACAGAGAGGCCCAGCUGACUUGCAGUUGCAGGAGGGAGUGCAAUUCCAUAAACAGGCAAUUCUGCCAGUAGGUUAAGGGAGUGAGAGCUCUGCUUAGCCUUGGGAAGAGUGCGCUAGCGGUGGAUGAAAAAGGGUUUGAGGAGUUUAAAUCUGCAGUUUGGGGCAAGAAUGCUUAAACCUCAAUGAAGCUGCGAGCUAUUUUCUGAAACAAUUGGAAGAUGAGUGGCUUUCUGUGGAAUGACGACAACAUUGGCCUGCAAAGGAGCACUGAAUGUUAGGAGGCUGUAAAAGAUGUGUUUGCUCACUUAACGUUUUUACAUUGGUUCAUCUUAGAGAGCCUGGGAGUUAUGGAAAAGCUAGUGGGAAAGGGAGCCUGUCCACAAGACUAAUCAGUGUUUGUUUACUAUAGAUACAAGAGUUGAAUUUGAAGGGAGGAACUGCACAGACAUGUUGGGAUUUUCCACAUUUUGGAAGGCUUAGCAAGAUCAGGGUCAGGAAUUUGCUACAUUUCAUCCAGCAAUCAUUCUUCAUUAGGGAAUAACUGGUAUCUGCCUGGAAGCUUGUCUUCCUUCAAGUCUGCCUUUGCUAACUUUCUGUACCUAAUGCCAUUCUGACUUUUGAGGUAUUGAGAACCCUUGAUUGCAACUGAGACGUUGGCACAUGCCCUUGUGUCCAUUUGGAUCCCUUUGAGACCUUGCUCUUCCCACCUAGCUGUGUCCCUGGCACCAUCUAGACAUGCCACCAUGCAACGAAGUUCACACAUAAGGAUACUUGCACAGCACUAUUGACACAGGUCCCAGGUGAGAGGUGGGCAGUCCUAAACCAGACAUUCAUUCAGGUUUCAUCUCUGCGAUAUCCUCUUUCCCUGCAUUCCCCUCUAGAGGUGUGAUGGUAAAAUAAACAAGGCCCUUUAGGCAAUUCACGCUUGGCGCAAGCACACAGCCGUGUCUUUCAGCCUUGCACAACUGCCAUACCAAUAAAGGCAACUUUACAUCCUACUGUGGCUCAGGUGGAAGAGAAUGUCCUGACGUUGACAGUCACACAAGGCCCCACCACUGACGUAUGGCAGGGCUCAUGUUUUGGUCUUCUUAAAUAGUCAAAAAUGCUCUCUUAUAGCUGGAUGUACAGGCCAGCCCCUGGAAGUGUUUAUACCCCAUGAGCCUGCUGUUAUUUCUUUCCCCCUUUUAUAUGUCUUCUUAAAUUUUGUACAGGUAGUUCAAAGCACACUGUUUCCCCCAUCCCCCUUUGUAUGUGUGUUUGUGCAUGCGUGCGUGUCCUAAGCUGAGUUGCUGUGCAAUUCAAACCUUGGCUUGUUUUACUCCAAGGGGGAGGAGCGUGUUUGAGGGUGGGUUUUCCCCCCCUGUGCAAUACCUACUUCCUGUCUCCUAGAUUCAGACUAUUAGGACAUGCUGGAUUGACUGUAUUAUUUUGUAACUGUGUUGGAAGCUUGUGCUUCUGUUGGCUUUCUUCUUGACAGUUUAAAUGUUUUGUUGGGUUUUGCCAUUAAAAUGUAACGAUGGACAUUUUA